AUGAAAUUAAAUAUAAUCAAAAAAUAUUAUUAUAAAAAAAAUAAAAAAUUAUUUAAAAUUAUUAAUAGUAAUUUUAUUUUAAAUAAUUAUAUAAUAAUUAAAUUAAAUAUAUAUGAAUAUAUAAAUAAUAAUUUACAAAUAUUUACUUUUAAAGGAAUUAUAAUUAAUAAAAAUAAUAAAAAUAAUUAUAUUAUAAUAUUAAAAUAUAAUAAUUAUGAUAUUUUAUAUUUAUAUUUUUAUUUAAAUUCUUUAAAUUUAAUAAAUAUAUUUAAAAUAGGUAAAUUUAAUAUUUAA